ACUUAUAGUUAUAGAUCUAGAUUUAAUUUUAUUAAUGACAUUUAAUAGUAGAUCUAGUGACUUCUAAUCUAGAUCUUAAACUUAAGUUAAGACUUAUCACUUAAGGUCUUAGGCUUUAGCAUCAAUUAAUUCAGUUUAAGAAAUGAGUUCUCAAGAACAAACACCUAAACAGAGGAUCGAUAUGGCUCAUGGUUUUAUGAAGUCUGUUAUUCGUAAUCAGAUUGAUAGAGACAAGUAUGAUAAAGAGGUGAAAGCUGCACAACAAAUGAAAGGACAUAUCAAGGUGAAUAAAACAAGAACUAAAAAGCCAGAACUACAAACAUAUGUUCCACCACAAAGAUCUAAAAAAGAUUCCCACUUAUUUGUUUUGCAGUAUGAACACAAGAAUGGGGCUGUGUAUACUGUAAAUGUCUCAAGAGAAGAUAAAGCUGAAGAUGUGGCCAAGUGUAUAGGAGAUAAAUAUGAUCUUACUGAUGCCUUCAUUGAUGCACUGACACUACAGAUUGAAGGAGAAAUUUUAAAACGCGUGAUUUGAAAUUUGAGUGCUCAGACUGAUAGAUGGACACAGUUUCUUGUGUGAAAUGAGGAUUUUAUUACUGGAUCAGUUAUACUGAAAAUUCCAAGCUACUGAUACUUUAGAAAAGUUGCACAGAUAAAAUCUGUGCAAUAUAUAAAGAAAAUAGGAUAAUUAGGAGUAACAGAACUAUGCUUCUUGUUAACCAUUGGAUAGCCAGCAGUGGGCUUCAGAAAUGUUCUCAUCGGUAACUAAAAAAAAUAUAUUUUUCAAUUUUUCUGUCAUUGUAACAAGAUGCUCAAAUGUUUUUGUUUGUAUACAAACAAUUCAAGUAGUUAAAUAUUGACUGGGAGUUAAAAAGUGCAAUACAGUUUGUAAUUCUUAAUAUGAAAUUGUUUUAUAUACUGGUAGAUUUUACAAUGCUAACCCAAUACUUCAUGAUGCAUUGUUAGAAUUCUCUUGGUUUUUUUUUUCGAGCAUUGGCUGUGACACAGAUUAAGGCUUUACCUCAGUUUACAACUGUCAAAUUUAUGGAAGGAUUUGUUUUCUAUAAUAUUUAUCUUUACUCAUUAUCAAUACAUGGAUGCCCAAUUCAGUGGUUCCAAGAAAGAUGAAUCUGAUAGAAACCUCACAAGUCAAUACUCUUUGUUCAGGAAAUAUUAUUAGUACCGGUAUACAAAACAGAUGAUGCAUUCUAGUGUAUUUACCACUCACAUUACUUGGUUUAUGUGCCUAUCAAAACUUUCAAAUAAUUAAUACAUCAAUUAAUUUAAAUUAUAAACAUUUUUAUUCAAACAUUUGAACAAAUGUGAGGACAUGAAAAGAUUACAUUGAACAAGAUGGUCUCUUUAUACAGUACUUGUACCCAUGUACCCAGUAAUUAAUAAAACUGAAACAAAAUUAUGAAAAUCUCUUACUUACGUCUAGCAAUGUUUUCUCAUGUUUAUAAAUAGAAUCAAAUCUUUUAAAUAAUCAUUUGUAAAAAAACCUGAUCUUGAAUGCUAAAAUGUGAUCAAUAAAAUAAAUAUAAGAAUGA